AUGGACGCGGAAGAAGUGCUGAAGCUGUUCGAUUCCUGCUGGUUCGAGCUCGAAAUAUUGAAGAAGGAAUCCCCGGUUUCGAAUUCUGAAGCUAACCCAGACGAGGAGUUUCCAGAAGAGCCAUCGAAACCAGAAAUUUCCCGACUCCCGACUGUGCACGUUCGAUCCAUGAGCGACCAACUGGGCUCGACAACCAGCUUCGAAUUGGAUUGUUGUGCGUCUCCCAGAUCAGGGCUCUUCACGCCCAGCCUGCAGACAAUCCUCUCGGGUAAAGAAGCUGCAGAGGUGAAUUCCAGGCGAGAAGGAAUCGGAGAAGGGUCGCCCGAGAAAGUAAAGCAGAGAGGUAGGAGAAGAAGGAAGAGGGGCUUAAGCAAGAGCUUAUCGGACCUUGAGUUUGAAGAGCUUAAAGGAUUUAUGGAUCUGGGUUUCGUGUUCUCCGAAGAAGACCUGGAUUCGGGCUUGGCUUUCAUAGUUCCUGGGUUGCAGAGGUUGGUGAUGAAAGAGGGGGAAGAAGAACAGAGCAUUGCGGACGAGUCUGCGGUUCGAAGGCCGUACCUCUCUGAAGCGUGGGGGGUUUUGGAUAGGAGGAAAAAAGAGAACCCACUGAUGAAUUGGAGAAUUCCUGUUUCGAAUAAUGAGAUCGACAUGAAAGACAAUCUCAGAUGGUGGGCUCACACCGUUGCAUCUACUGUGAAAUGA